UAUGACGUCACGAGAGGAUCGCGCAACGUGAACGGAGAAACGGAUAAGUGUCGAAAGCCAGGUUUGUCCAGGAGAAGUCUCACGUGGAUGACAUGUCCUUCCUUCGUGGAUCUGCUAACUAUGUCUGGUGCACCACCAGCGUGCUUGGCAAGGGCGCGACCGGCGCGGUGUUUCAGGGUGUUAAUAAAAACAACGGGGAACCAGUCGCGGUGAAGACUUUCAAUCAGCUGAGCCAUAUGCGGCCACAUGACGUACAGGUGAGAGAGUUCGAGGUCCUGAAAAAGGUCAAGCAUGAGAAUAUCGUUAAGCUGCUAGCGAUUGAGGAGGAGCAGGAUGGCAGAGGAAAGGUAAUCGUCAUGGAGCUCUGUACCGGCGGCAGUCUCUUCAACAUCCUGGACGAUCCGGAGAAUACAUAUGGUCUCGCAGAGAGUGAGUUCCUGCUGGUGUUGGAACAUCUAUCGGCUGGCAUGAAACAUCUGCGCGACAACAAUUUGGUUCAUCGGGACUUAAAGCCAGGUAAUAUAAUGAAAUUCAUCGCUGACGAUGGCAGUACGAUAUACAAGCUUACUGAUUUCGGGGCCGCUCGGGAAUUGCAAGAGGAUCAACAAUUUGUUUCGCUGUAUGGCACAGAAGAAUAUCUGCAUCCGGAUAUGUACGAACGUGCAGUCCUGAGGAAACCCGUCGGCAAGACCUUUGGAGCAACCGUUGAUUUAUGGUCCAUAGGCGUGACUCUCUAUCAUGUCGCGACGGGUAAUCUACCGUUUAGGCCGUUCGGCGGGCGAAGGAAUAAAGAGACCAUGUUCUACAUCACCACAAAGAAGGCAUCAGGCGUGAUAUCCGGGCUGCAGACUUCAGAGAAUGGACCGAUCGAAUGGAGCAGAGAAUUGCCGCAGGCCUGCCAGCUGAGCACAGGUCUGAAGAAGAUAGUGACUCCGCUGUUGGCCGGCUUGCUGGAGGUGGAUCCGCAAAGAAUCUGGAGCUUCGAGCGAUUCUUCAGCGAGGUCACGGACACGCUUUGCAGGAAACCCAUUCAUAUAUUUAACAUUCAUAAAGCUAGUUUAAUUAAGGUCUUUCUACAUCCGGAAGAGAAACUAGUCGCUCUGCAGAUACACAUUCAGGAUCAGACCGAGAUCAUGCCACACGCGCAGAUUCUUCUACUUGGAGAAAUUCCUCUCACAAAUCUCGUCGAAGAAUCUACACCAGGCAAGGGAUAUCCCAAUACUAGUAACGACAAACCAUUGAUGUUAUUUUCACGAGAGAAUAAUAACGUCGUGUUGCCGACGGAGACUGAACUGCCCAAAUUUCCCGUUUUCGCGAAUCUUGUUUCCGUAGAGAACGACGCAAGCCAAGCUAAGGUCGCAUGCUCCGUAGGACAUGUUUGUAAACGUAGAAUCGACAAACUGGCCUUGUGCAGCAAAUUAUCGCGGGACGCCAUAAACACGUUUAGCGGUCUUCUGUCUACAGAGCUUACUAGAGUGCUGGGGAAAUGUCAGCAUUCGAAAGAAUUCACGAAAGCAGUGGAGGAUACUGUAUUGGCAGUAGAGAGGAGUGAGACGUUCGCCAGACACGUGUUCAGAAAGUUCGGCGGUCAAACUGCAGUGGAGGUCAAAAGCUGGCGGAAGGAAUUGGACAUGAAGAGCAAGGAACUUAUGAGUGAACUGACUCCAGCAAUAGUGCAACUUCAUCAGAGAUAUGUAAAAGAGGGCAACUUACAUGGGGAAUGGGACAACAGUACUCGCGGUUUGUGGUGUCCGUGGACCACAAAAGCGAGCCAGAGAGCAGCGACAUUAGUCGAUCGCUUGAGAGAUGGAUGGCAACAUUUGCUGAGGGACAGGGCCACUCGUAGUCUUACUUACAAUGACGAGCAAUUCCACGUUCUUGAGCGCAUAAAAGUCACGGAAACGGGGCGUCGAUUAAAAGCGCUUCUCGAGACGGAAUGUAUACCAGCAAUGACACAACGAUCUGAGUGCGUCGCCGAUUGGUACAAAAUGGCACAAACAGUGUUUCUGCAGACUCAGAUAUUAGACAAGGACAUAGACACUUAUGAACGCGUACUGGAAUCAUUUUCCUAUCGUUUAUCACAGGAGAGUAAGGAGCGUAAUGAAAAUUUAAUGCAUUCGUUAGACAGACUUCCCGGCAAAUCGAAAACAAUUGAAAAAACAAGUGUGCCAGUGCAGGAGAGCACAAAGAAAUGGCGCAACAUCUGCGACACACAAGAACAAAUUACAAUGCUUCUUUAUGAAAACGGUUUGCUCAUAGACCAGCUUGAUCAUUUAUCAGCGAUUGAUAGGCUGGAUAACGUAGAUGAUACGGGAUAUGAACUUUAA